AUGCUAAACCUACAACCGAUAGAUCUGUACGUAAAAGGACUAGCCGCAAAAGGGGCUCUCAGAUUAAGAGACUCCAAAUUGUGGAAACAAACCAACCACGGGCAUGCGUCGGUGAUGAAGGAGAUGGGGAAACUAAGUAAAAACCUAAAGCCCCUGCUAACACAGCAGACGGACUACACGGUCACUUACCUAAGAUUCAAAGAAAACAUCAAAAUAACAAUACCGACGAAAGAAGACUGGGAUCAAAACUCAAUAAUAAAAGAGGACGAGAUCUCAAUCUUUACAGACGGUUCAAAAACGAUAAAAGGUACGGGAGCAGGAGUCUACUCAGAACAACUAGGAGUUCAAAAGUCAUACAGGCUCAAGAACGACUGCAACAUUCUGCAAGCGGAAAUCCUAGCAAUUGAGAAAGCAGCGAGAUUGGCACAGCUAAACAAUGUGAUGAGCUGCCGCGAAGCCCUGUCAUGGAUCCACAACAGCGAAGUCGGACUCUGCUGGGUACCCGGACACAAUAGUGUCGAAGGGAACAUCAAGGCAGAUGAACUGGCAAAGCUUGGAGCGGAGAAAGACAGUAUCGAAGCGAUCAGCCACCCACUGCCAACGAUCAACGUGAUAAAGACGACCAUUGACAGAGCCAUCGAGAGGUGGACAAGGAAAACAAAGAAGCUGUUAAAUUACAGGAAAAUCUUUUUAAGCACGAUCACAGGAGUAGUAACAGGUCACUGUGCGGUCGGGGUAAAUCUCAAGAGAUGGGGAAAGACGAAAGACAACUUCUGUAGAGAAUGCUGUGAAGAAGAAGAAACCAUAUCCCACCUGGGCCACAGCUUCCUAGUGGAACUGGACGAGGCAGCAGGAAUGGAUAUUGGGAAGAUAACGAACUUUGCAAAAAGCUGGAAAUGCUUUCAGCAAAAGUAA